CUUCUGCUCUCCUAUUUCAUUUGCAUGUCAUCCUAAGUUAAUUUUUCUGUACUCUCACGUUUCGUGUGAACUUCUACUAUCCUACUUCACCCGCCUGUCAUCCUAAGUUAAUUUUUCUACGCUCUCACAUUUUGUGUGGAUUUCUGCUCACCCACUUUACCCGCCUUCUUACCCCUGCUCUCAUUCCAUGCAUGUGUCUAUGAUUUUGGCGCUUGUAUUUCCACUCUCAUUUUAUGUUACUUAGCAAUAAACCAUGCUUCGGGAUCAAUUAGUCUAUUAUCUUUGGUCCCUUUAGACUAGAUUAGGAUGAUCAUCCUAAAGAAUUUUAGUCCUUUGCAGGGGUAAGAUUAUUCAAAAGAGGACCUACCCACCAUCAUCCAUUAUUUAACAUCUUUAUUCCAUCUCUUUGGUGGUAAUUCACAAACCAAUAAGUUGAGGCAAUGGCUUGCCCUCUUCCUCAUCUCCUCUUCUUUCUAUUUCUGCUUCCAUUUUCUGGUGUUGCUCAAACCAACGGUGGUAAUGUAUCGAUCGGUGCCUCUCUUACUGCUGCUGCUGAGGCGCAUUCGUGGCUUUCUCAAUCCGGCGAUUUUGCAUUCGGGUUCAAGGAAGUGGGCACCAAUCUUUUCUUGCUUUCCAUAUGGUAUGACAAGAUACCACAAAAAACCAUAGUGUGGUAUGCAAAUGAAGGCAACAGUACUGUCCCUAGAGGUUCCAAAGUUGAGCUUACUGCUGACAGAGGGCUAGUGCUUACUAACCCCCAAGGCGACCAGAUAUGGAAAUCUGAUCCUCUUGUGGGCUCAGUUGCAUAUGGCUACAUGAACAAUACCGGUAACUUUGUGCUUAAAGAUAGGAAUUUGCAAGAGUUGUGGGAAAGCUUCCGGGUUCCUACCGACACCAUGUUGCCUACUCAGGAAUUGGAGAAGAGAUAUGUGCUAACCUCUCGAAAAACGGAGACUAGUUUCUCCAAAGGAAGGUUCCAACUCAGCAUGCUUGACAACGGAAAUCUUGUGCUCAGAACCAUAAACCUGCCUACAGACCAUCCUAAUGAACCUUACUUUACAAGCGGGACUCGGGAUGAUAAUGAUUCAUCUAAUGCAGGUUCCCGAUUCGUCUUCAAUCAAUCCGGAUACAUAUACGUGCUGAGAGGGAACGGCCAGAGGUCCAUGCUCGGAGGAGGAGGAGCUGUUUCAGCCACGGAUAACUAUCUCAGAGCAACUCUCAAUUUCGACGGUGUGUUCACGGAAUACUAUCAUCCUAAGACAUCCAGUGGCAACGAAAGCUGGUCUGUGCUGUGGUAUGAACCGGAAAAUAUUUGCACAGCAAGUGUUGUGACUGCAGGAAGUGGCACUUGCGGUUAUAACAGCCUUUGCCAGCUCAAAACGGAUGGAAGGCCUUCUUGUUCGUGCCCACGAGGGUAUUCCUUGCUCGAUCCAAGUGAUCAAUUUAGUGACUGCAAACCGAAUUUCGCGCAGGGCUGCGAGGAUGACCACGAACAACUAUAUGAUCUUGUUGAGCUAUCCAACACUGACUGGCCAUUUUCUGAUUACGUGCUGUUGGAGCCUUUCGAUAGAGAGGAGUGCAGGAAUUCUUGCUUGCGAGACUGCUUGUGCUCUGUUUCCAUUUACAGAGAUAAUAGCUGUUGGAAGAAGAGGAUACCACUCUCAAAUGGGAGAGUUGUUAGAACUGAAAGGAGCACGGCAUUUGUCAAAGUCAGGAAAGAUAUUAAUUCUUCCCCACCGGGUCCUUGUCCUCCCGAUGAGAAGAAGCCGGGAAAGAAGCACGACGAGACUAAAGCUGUCGUGGGAUCGGUGCUAUUAGGAAGCUCUGUGUUCUUCAACUUUGUAUUAGUUGCUGCAAUUCUUCUGGGCUUUUGCUUCAUUUACAAGAGAAAGGACACCAGAAUUCCCCAAUUCGAAAGCGUCACGGACACUAAUUUGCGUUGUUUCACAUACCAAGAGCUUGCACAAGCUACGAAUGGCUUCAAUGAAGAAGUAGGAAAAGGAGCUUUUAGCGUUGUUUACAAAGGGGAAAUGAAUAGGGGUUCGGGAAAUUUCGUUGCAGUCAAGAAGUUAGAAAGAUUGGUUCAAGGUGAGAAGGAAUUUAAAGCUGAAGUGAAUGUGAUUGGCCAGACACAUCACAAGAAUUUGGUCCGACUGAUUGGAUUUUGCAAUGAGGGACCGAAUCGAUUACUGGUGUACGAGUACAUGAGCAAUGGUACGUUAGCGAGCUUCCUUUUCGGAGAUACAAGACCGAGUUGGAACCAGAGAAUCAGAAUUGCCUAUGGGAUUGGAAGAGGACUCUUGUACUUGCACGAAGAGUGUAGCACCCAGAUCAUCCAUUGCGAUAUAAAGCCUCAGAAUAUACUCAUUGAUGAUUAUUACAACGCUCGGAUUUCUGACUUCGGAUUGGCAAAGCUUUUAAUGAUUGGUCAGAGCCAAACCCACACUGACAUUAGGGGAACUAGAGGGUACGUUGCACCGGAAUGGUUCAGGAGAAUGCCAAUCACAGUGAAAGUCGAUGUUUAUAGCUUUGGUGUGUUGCUGCUAGAGAUCAUUUGUUGCCGGAGAAGCGUAGAUAUGGAUACCAGUGAAGUAGAGAAAGCAAUCCUAACUGAUUGGGCUUAUGACUGCUAUCAAGAAGGAACGAUAGACGCGCUGGUUGAAGGUGACGUGGAGGCCAUAAACGAUAGGGCGAAGCUAGAGAGGUUUGUAAUGGUUGCCAUUUGGUGUAUUCAAGAAGACCCGUCUUUAAGACCCACAAUGAGGAAGGUAACUCAGAUGCUUGAAGGAGUUGUUGAAGUUAAUGUUCCCCCAUGUCCCUCCCCAUUUAGUACUACGAUAUUGAUUUAGAGCAGAUUCAGGUCUUCGCUUUGUUUGUCUUAUCAAUCUUUCUUGUGCUGUGUAUGUAAGAUUCUGUUUGUUAUUGUAGUUUUGGGUAUAAAUCUUAGUAUGUCGCUGCAAAUUUUCUGUUACCAAUAUUUUCAGGAAUAAUAAUGUUUGAUAAUUGAUAUUGAACUGUUUCCAACAAAA